AUGCCGAAGAGAAUUAUCGUGUGCUGUGAUGGGACGUGGCAAGCCUCGGAUAAUGGAACACCAGGCUACCCUUCCAAUGUAGCCAAGCUCAGCCGAAUGAUCGCUCCCGUUGGAAAGACCGCCAGCGGAGAAUCCAUUGACCAAGUUGUAUUCUACCAAGCCGGUGUCGCCAGUGGAGACGUAGGAUUCUUCGAAAAGAGAAUCCAAGGUGCUUUCGGUGAUGGCCUCGAAGAACAUAUCAUUGAAGCAUACCAUUUCAUCGCCACGAACUGGUAUCCAGGCGACGAAAUCUGUGUCUUCGGUUUCUCUCGAGGCGCAUACACCGCUCGAGCCUUAGCAUGGACCGUAACACAAAUGGGAAUGCUCAAGCCUGUCGACUUGGAGCACUUCCCGUGGCUGUACAAGUAUUUCAAAACGCAUCAUGACACUAUUGUCUUUGGACCUGAUAGCGAGAGCGAUGAAUUGAAAGAGUGGACGAAGAGCAAAUUGAAUGCCCAGGGCAAGCCAUUGAGAGCUUUGAAGACCGCUCCAGCAAAGGUGAGCAUCGAAGUUGUCGGAGUCUGGGAUACGGUGGGAAGUUUGGGCCUUCCUGAGAGCAUCUGGACCAAGAUGUUCAAUCUUAACAAGGGUCUCCAAUUCUACAACACCGCACUUAAUGGAAGUAUCAAGCACGCUUUUCAGGCCCUUGCGCUCGAUGAACAUCGAGGAGCUUUCACUCCUACCUUGUGGUACUUGGAGCCUGACUUCAAAGGCGAAGUCGAUUUACGCCAAUGUUGGUUCCCGGGAUAUCACUGUGAUAUCGGAGGAGGGUGGUACACUUCAGGAACUGCAGAUCAACGCAACAUUGAUCAGCAUUCAUUGGCAUGGAUGUGCGACCAGAUCGAUGGUUUGGUGUCUUUCGAUCUUGAAGCAGCCAGUCUUACCCUGCCAAAGAUGGAGCCGAAGAUACCGUGGUCUGCAGAAAUGACAGCAGACCCAAUUACCUCUUUCUACUCAACUGAUAUAGGUGGAGGCUCGCACCAUCGAACACCCGGUUCCUAUCACCACGGAGAGCUCACGAAGGAGGAACCCGACCCAGAAAAGGAUAACAGCACCGUGGAGCGGAUGCAUCCGUGUGUCCAGUUGCGGAUCGAGACUAAAGAAUACAAUUACUAUCCAAGGUCGCUCGGUGCACGAAAUCCCCUAUUCGAAAGGAAGACUCCGAAGUGGACUUUCGUCGACAGAUCAACCAUCGGGGAUGGUGCUAGAUGGGUGAGACCCAAGGUUGAAGCCCAAAAGACCUGGUUUGGCUCAUUUCCGUUGGAAAACUCAAUUGAGAUCAAGGAACACAUUAUCAAAGAGAUCCCAGGGAAGAAUAAUUUCGAGAUCAACUUGCUACCGGAGGAGGUGAAAGAAAUGCUGAUGCAUAGAAAUCGGAAAGAACUGGCGAAUCCGACAAGGAAGUUUUGA